ACAAAUUGGAAGCAGAGACCAGACACUCAAAAUCCGACGGCUCGAAGACACAUACCGAUACAAACGCAAAGAGAAAAACAAUGGCAGGCACACUGCUAUCUCGGGCCAUUCAUCUUUUCGCCUCUACUACCACCAAGUCUAAUCCUUUUUACUCCGCCGUCUCCUCCCGCCUCAUAGCCAUAGCCGCCGCCAGCCACUCCAACAAAACCAUCUCAGAAAACCAUCACAGGAGUUCACUUCUUCCAUUUUCACUUAACCCUUUUCGUUUCCAUAACACCCUUAGAGGACGGAGCCGUAGCUGCUCCUGCUGCGAUUCCACCACAGAAAACCACCGUCGCCAUAGCCGCGACGGCGAACCCAGCACCAAAAUCAACACCAAGGUUAACUUCUCCCUCCCAUCCGACGACGAAGACGAUGACCAAACUACGCCAACCGCCUCCGCGAAAGAGAUCGACAAGUCGAAGCUCCCUCCACCGUACGACCCUUUCAGCAAGAAGCCCGCCAUCGAGGACCCGGAGGACCCAAAGGACUUGCAAGAGGUCUUCCACAAAAUGCGGAGCGACGGCCUCACCAACAAUGCAGUCAAGAUGUUCGACGCAUUGUCUAAAGAUGGAUUGACCCACGAGGCCUUGGAGCUCUUUGCUCAGAUUAAGGACAAGGGUCAUAUGCCUGACGUCGUUUCUCACACCGCCGUCAUUGAGGCCUACGCCAAUGCCGGAAAGACGAAGGAGGCUUUGAAGGUGUAUUUGCGGAUGUUGGCCUCGGGGGUUGCCCCGAACACCUACACUUACAGUGUGCUGAUCAAGGCGCUUGCAGCCGACCCUGGCAAUUUUCUUGGGGAUGCUAAGAAAUAUUUGCUGGAUAUGAUGGGGAAAGGAAUGCGGCCCAAUGCCGCUACGUAUAUGGCUGUGUUCGAGGGGUUUGCAAGGCAGGAGAAGGCGGAGGAGGGGAGGUUGUUACUGGAAGAGAUGAAAGGCAAGGGGUUUGUGCCGGACGAGAAGGCGGUGAGGGAGGUUCUUAAGAGCAAAAGAGGACCUGUAGUUAGAACCGUCAUCAACAUUCUGUUUGGCAAGUAGAUCGAUUUUGCUCAUUUCAUUUGCUCUCUGUUCAUCUUCGUUGAAAAUUGAAAUGUUUAGCAUUUGAAAUGAAAUCCCAGUUUCAUUCGAGCGAUA